CUAAUAAUUUAGUUACCUGGGUGUAGUUUACAGAUACUUAUUACACCCUAAUUUUUCUUUCAUUUAUUUGAUUGUUUCUAUCAUCAUCUUCCUCCUACCAUCGUCCAUCUCUGCAAAUCAGGGUUUUUUUUUCUUUUUCAUCUCAGUUUUCACCCACCGUUGUGUCCGCUGGUUUUUGCCGGAUCUUACACGUAUCCCGUUUCGGAAUCCGUAUCGGAUCGUGUCGACAGGGUUACUGCGCCCCAAAUUGCGGAGUUAGGGUAACGAAAAUCGGGGGGCUAUUGUAUAGAGCUAAAAUUAUCUGCUUUACAACUCAUGUCUGGACCAAAUGAAGAUAAAAAUACUCAGCUUUCAUCUCACUUUUUCGGAGAUCUCUUGGAUUCCAUAAUUGUUGAUGUUGCAUCCGAGUGUCAUCGGAUAGCAAAAUUGGGGCUCGACCGUAAUUUAGAGGAAGAAGAAGAAGAAAUGAGGUUAUCAGUUCAAGCCCGAGCAAGAGUAGCUGAUCCUAGUAAUAGCAGUGAAACAAACACCAAGUAUGUAGUGGAUAUAUUUGGACAAACACACCCAUCUGUUGCCACUGAAAUAUUUGAAUGCAUGAACUGUGGGAGAUCCAUUGCUGCAGGGAGGUUUGCUCCUCACUUGGAAAAAUGCAUGGGAAAGGGUAGAAAGGCACGUCUCAAGGUUACUAGGAGUAGCACAGCUGCACAAAACCGGUAUUCGCGAGGCAGCCCUGUUUCUGCCUAUUCUCCUUAUUCGAAUUCUACCAGCACAAAUCGGUUAUCGAAUGGAACCCCUAGUGUUGCAGGGGAGGAGUAUUCAAAUGGCACCUACGAGGAACCAUGGAACAAAACUUGAGCCAAGGCUUUUAACUUGUGUAAUGCAGCUAGUUAAAUUGAACUCAAGCUUGUCUCUCUAGAUAGUUGAUAACUUAAUUGGAAAAAUGGGAGGCAGUAUUUAAGAAGAA